UGUUCGGCUAUAAAAUAUCGACUAAUGGGUGUGAGUGUAUUUAUUUAAUGUUCUUUUCUUGUUGCCCAUCCACACAUCGCUUGUCGGACGAAAUAUAAGUUGAGAGUGUGGAUUUUUGCUGCGUGAAAACAGCGGAAAAGCGAAGGAGUGUUCUAAUAGCGCGCGCUUACAGUUCGAUCCGUCCAGUUGAUUGCCAAUCGUGCCACAGUGAAAGUGUUCCUCAAGCUCUUCUGAACCAUUUACAGAACAAUCUUCAGUUUAAACAAAAACGAAAUUUCGCCAAGUGUUUUUAACACCACCAGUUGAAUAUUUCCAGAGGAAAUUCUCAAGCAACGCUAAUUGAGCCAACGUAAUUCCAGAUCCGAAUCCGAUCGUUGUAAGCCAACCAACAUGUCUCACUCAGUGACUAUCACACGGACAACAACCACCACCAGUGGCUCCUCCACUCUUGUCCUCAACACAGGAUACAUGAAGACGUUCCCAGGACUCCUCAAACUGGCACAGUUGAUCCUCGGAGCAGUUAUUGUCGGAAUCUUGGGCUACUACAUCCGACGAUUAACUUAUCUCGUCUCCGUUCCAGCCAGUGAACUGUUCUUCUUCACCAUAGCAGUGGCGUUUCUCAUAGGAACCUUCUGUCUUCUCCUCUCUUGCAUAAUAUCCCUCAGCACGGGCGGCAUCAUCUCCAAGACGAUCUAUGAAUUAAUCUACCACACGAUCGCUUUCAUCCUCUAUCUCGCCGCUUCGAUCGCGUUUCUUGUGGAAGUGGUCAACAAGACCUCAUCGCGAUCUUCAGUUUACGAUUGGUAUCUGGCAGCUUCUGUCUUAGGCCUAAUCGUGUCUGGCCUCUAUCUUCUCAGCGCCUUUCUGGCUCAGAGAUCCUACAGAGGCAUCUAAAUAGAUACUCAUCUGAGAGCUUCAGACGCUUCCAGAAAAUAUCUUGCUAUAUUUUGAGUUUUUUUUUUGUAUAUUUUUGUUAUUUCUACAAAUUUUGUAUCACUGUGUAUUUAACAUAUUGUCCCUCUUCCCCUUUUUCCCUUUUACUUGAUAUUGUGUGUAAGGCCAGCACUGUGUCUAUGUCAAAGAAAAAUAUACUAAUUCUCCUACCAGAAA